GAGACAGACAGAGAGAAAGAGAGAACUCUUCACAGUCUCUCAGAUCUUCGCUGUGGUGAGGACACGCAGAAGUGAAUUCCUGAGGCAUCCAGUGAAGAGAAGGUGGCAAGAGAGAGCAAAAGAGGAGAAGUCGCGUCAUCUUUUUAAAUUUCCCCGUGACCACGUCUGACUGCCUCUGACCUCCACUGGACUCGCACGCUCCUAUCACAUAGACACACAGACACACACACAGGCUCACCCACUGCCUCGCACACCAUCUGCAGAACUGGCUCUGCUGCUCUGUGAGAAGUAAAGGAUUUCCCCAAGUGAGGCAUAGAGAAUUUAAACCGACAGAGGAAAUUAAAGGCACUCGAGAGAAGGAAAAGACCCUCUCAAUCUAGUCAGUGCCAUGCAUCGUUGAGCUGAGUAAAGCCGUGCUGAAGUGAAUCCUACUUGAAGACCAUCUUACCCUUCACCUUGUCCUGCUUGGUCCCAGAUGGAGCUCAAAGUGUGGGUGGACGGAGUGGUGCGAGUGGUAUGCGGCCUUUCAGAGGAGACAUCAUGCCAAGAUGUUGUCAUUGCUCUGGCCCAGGCAAUAGGUCAGACAGGCCGCUAUGUUCUGAUACAGCGUCUUAGGGAUACGGAGAGGCAGCUGCUAGCCACCGAGAAGCCUCUGGAGUCUCUAGCUAAGUUAGGCCAACAUGGCAGUGAAGUUCAGUUCUUCCUGCGUCGUACUGGCCCUAGUAGCAGUGAUGGAUCUGGCUCAAAACAAGACAGACCAACCCCUCCCCCACUGCCUAAGCAUCCUGAGCCAGAGGCUUCAAAACGCAGCCAGCCUAAGAAAUCUCUCACCUUUAACCUGGGACCAUCGACCUCUCCUAGAACCAAAGCCAAACAGUUUAAGAGGUCUCCUCGGGACUCCCCAGAGCACAGAGCCUCCCCUUCCCCUUCUCCCAGCCCUGUAUCCCCUCAUUUGCCAUCUCCCUCUCCCUCACCUCCUAUGGGCCCAUCUAAAGAGGAGGUCUUUAGGAAGGUUCUCCAGCAGCAAGAGAGAAUGAGGACCAUUGAGGCUCAGCUAGAAACCCUAGAGAGGGAAUCUCAUGGCCGGGAUCAUCCCUACCCAUCUCCUUGCCCUUCACCAGUCUCUGAUGCCCGCUUGCAAGAGGAGAUAGACACUCUGGAGCAAGUAAUGCGGAGGAACCAAGCCGAGCUUGCCCAUGAGCAGUACUGGGAGGAGGAGCUUGAAGCAGAGGUGGAGAGGGAGUCAGGAAUGAGGAGGAAGCUGGGGGAGCUCCAUGCCAAAUUAGACGACUGUGGAAGGCGGCUUCACGAGUUCUCGGUUCGUUCCGCUCAGCUGGAGCAAGAGAUCCAGCGGGAGAGCCAGGCGGAAGGGAAAGCCAACAAGCCGGAGGAGUCCCUCGAUGCUGUGAAGGUAGAGCUCCAGAGCCAGGAGAAGAACACAACAGAGUUGGAGGAGCAUCUAUCUGAGACUGACAAGGCUCUGGGGAAAGCAGAGUCUCUGCUGCAGGCCAAACAGGAGGAGCUGGAGGAAUUGAAUAAGGAGCUGCGGCAGUGUAACCUGCAGCAGUUUAUUCAACAGACAGGUGCCCUGCCGGCACACACUCACUCACGCACAGAGCUUCAGGAGCAACUGGAGCAGUUAGAGCUGGCACAUCUUCUGCAGGAUGAAUACAGGAAUGGAAGCCGCAGUGUAACUCCAGUGGAAUCACCGCCUCGCCCCACUGCUAAACAGUUCCUGGGACAUCCACGCAACCUGCAAAACCCUCUAGUGUCCAGUCUCAACCCUGAGGUCCUGACAUCCCGAGAGUCGUCAUGGAGAUAAAACAAUGGACCACAGGGCCACAGGACACUUGUUCACUGUUCUGUCACCGUCACCUCUUAUUUAACCCUUCUCUUUGUAACUCUUGUUAUUGUUAUCAUGAUAUACAUACUGUAUAUAUAUAUAAGACAAAUAUAUUUACAGUUUUGCUACUGUAAACACUGCAAAGUAUCUGUAUGAAAUGUAAAAUAAUUUAGGAACCUUUUACCUAGAGCAAUUAUUACUAUUACGAUGUAUUUAAGUAUA